AUGUCGAGUGUUUCAAGAAAAGUUUCAAACGUCGCUAAUGGUUAUAAAACUAAAGAUGGUGCAGGUGUAUCACUAUUACGUGUUAUUGUGGAUCCAUUCUUAAUGUUAGAUGCAUUUAAAUCAGAGAAUCUAAAUGAUUAUAUUGCAGGUUUCCCAUCACAUCCACAUAGAGGUCAACAAACUUUAAUCUAUAUGAUUGAUGGUAUAAUGGAACACAAGAUAACAAAGGAAAUAAAGGAUUACUAA